GUGCGCGUCCCCGCGUAGUCGUUUUUUUUGUUUUUUUUUUCCUCGUGUGUGUGGCGGCGUAAAAGGGCAGCGCUUAUACAAUAACCAUGGCUGACGAGAAACCCAAGGAGGGAGUGAAAACCGAGAACAAUGAUCACAUCAACCUCAAGGUGGCGGGACAGGACGGCUCAGUGGUUCAGUUUAAGAUAAAGAGGCACACGCCACUCAGCAAACUCAUGAAGGCUUACUGCGAGAGGCAGGGACUGACGAUGAGGCAAAUCCGAUUCCGGUUUGACGGACAGCCCAUUAAUGAGACGGACACACCUGCACAGUUGGAAAUGGAGGAUGAAGACACAAUUGACGUUUUCCAGCAACAGACAGGAGGCUUCGUCUAAAACGCAGGAACUUCGCAGCCUUUUUUUUUUUUUUUCCUCCCUCUCUUAUUUCUUUCUUUCUCUCUUUCUCUCACUCUUAUCUCAUCCCUGUUCUCCCUCUCAGUUAAUCCUGACUGCUGUUGUAUAGCGUGCUGAUGCUCUUCCAAUUUCGCAGUUCCUGCUCUUUUGUAUAUAAAUGAUUUCACUCACACACACACACACACACACACACACACACACACACACACACACACACACAGGUGAAGUGCCAGCAUGAAAAUCAGAAACCCAAAGUUUCGUUCUUUUUUUUCUCAUUUGGAAAGAAUGAGCACAAAGCACCCAAAAAAGCGGUCUGUGGUCCAGAUCUUUCUGCUGGAGCUUCAUUCGAGUAGAGCGACUCCACUUUAAAAACAUUGGACACCAAAUUUACUCUUUGUAUGAAAAGGACACCUGGUGAAGUCAGGUGCUCUGUAAUACAGGACACGUCUGUUAUUUUUUUACAAUUAUUUUAGCUGCUUUUAUUUCUAUUACCGUCUUUCGGACACAUUUUUUUAAAAUUGUCAUCAAUCGGUAGUAGACGUGUGCAAAUAAUACAAGCCCCAGAUUCAGUAGGUGAAUUGUGAAUAAUAGUAACGAUGAUGACGAGUCCUGAUAUUUCCGUCGAGUUAAACCCCUGUAUUGUCGAAUAAACAAUUUGUUAAAAUAAAGAAAACACUUUUUAUCUUCA